UCGCAUAAGUUUGCAUAUUGUGCUAGAUGGUAAUUGUGAUAUUGAGUUAUCUGUCCAAUUAUCAAGAAUUAAUUGUGAUAUCAAGACUGUCCGAAUAUCAAUAAUUGAUGCACAAGUAAAUAAUGUCGUUGAAGAGUGAGUGAUUAUGUUUCGAAGUAAACAAUAUAAUCCGAAGAAUUUUUAGUUAUUAAUAUAUUCUAAUGCUAACGGAUUACAUUGACUGUACUGUUGUUAUGCAAAUUGCAGUAGCAAUUUUCUAUGAAAUCAAACGGUGAAUUGACACUUUCCCAGUGCAAUUGCGAAAAAAUUAGAAAAAGAUCUGAAAACUGACGCUGAUUUUAUUUAAAACCUCGUUCGACAAAAGAAAACACUCACAAUGUCACCCUAAGCCAGCGAAGAUACUCGCGAUGUCACCCUAAACACUUGAAGAUACGCACGAUGUCGCCCUAAACAAGUGAUGAUAUGCACGAAGUCACCAUAAACAAAUGAAGAACAGAAGAUACUCCCUAUGUUACCCUAAACACGCGAUGAUGUUCCCUAAGUUACCCUAAACACAUGAUCCACUCUCGACGGUACCCUAAUUACGCCAAGAUACUCCAGGUGUCACCCUAAACACGUGAAUGUACUCCUGAUGUCACUCUAAAUCAAUAUUGAAAUUGCAGAAGUUACCCUAAGCGCGUAAAGAUUAUCAACACUUUUCCUUAAAAGAGCCAUAGUUCCCCAGUGUUCCUCUCAUUAGGCGAAGAUCCCAAUUAAGGAAUAUCUCCCUGAAAAAAAAAUUUCCUUGAUUUACCCUACCCAAGCGGUUCUAUCCCUAAAAGUUAAUGCCAUCAUGUAAUUAUCCCCUAUAAUUUUCCAAGAAAACAUAAAUAUUACCAGAAUUUCCUUAGUCCUCCUCAAAGUCACCCAGCCUAUAGGUUAGAACUUCUUAAAGUCACCCUGCACACAGGUCAGGUCUCCUCAAAGUCACCUUGCACCCAGUUUAGUUUCCUCAAAAUCACCCUUCAAGCAAGGAUCGGAUUCCUAUAAGUCACUUUACACACUGGUUAGGACUCCUCUCCAAGUCACCCUAGUUAACCUACCACUCCCGAAAGUCCCCCGACCACAAUCCCGACAAAAUGCUGGGUAUCCUGGACAUCAUUCUGCUAGCAGCAUCCCUGCUGGUCACCCUAGCCAUAGGGGUGUACCACGGGGUGAAGGGGAGGAAAGCCACCCCUGCCGAGUACAUGUUAGGGGGAAGAGCCAUGUCCCCACUUCCCCUGGCCAUGUCUAUGAUGGUGGGCACCAUUUCCCCCAUCACCAUCAUGGGCAACAUCGGGGAAAUGUAUGCCUAUGGUACGCAGCUGUGGAUCAUGGAUGUUGGGCUGGCGCUGGGCAUGGUCGUCGUGGCAGAAAUGUUCAUACCCAUCUUCUACCCCAUGCACAUGGUCAGCUUGUACCAGUACAUCGAGCAGCGGUUCAGGUCGAAGGUGUUGCGGUUGUCCUCCGUCCUGAUCACGCUGCUCGCAGCAUACCUGUUCAUCGGGUUCCUGUUGUACCCGCCGUCUACGUUCCUCGUCCACUUCACGGGGCUCGGCAUCAUCCCAAACAUCGUCAUCAUGGGGCUCGUCUGCGGCCUAUACUCGGCCUUUGGAGGUGUGAAGGCGGUGGUGCACACAGACGUGGUGCAGAGCAUGGUGAUGCUGGUUGGUGUGCUGGCUAUUGUGGUGCAGUGCACCAUCAGAGUGGGAGGUCUGGAGAGUGCCUGGAGCAUCGCUUCCGAGCGCGGCAGGAUCGAGUUCUACAGCAUGAGCCUGGACCCUUACCAGCGGCACAGCUUCUGGCUCACGCUCGUGUUUGGGUUCUUCUUCAGCCUGAGCACCUACGGUGUGAACCAGAGCCAGACACAGCGAACCUUUAGCACCGGUUCAGUACAGCACGCAAAGAGGGUGAUAUACUACGCCAUAUUCGGCAUGCUGCUGCUGCGGUUCCUUAUCAACCUGGCGGGGGUUGUGAUCUUCGCGUUCUACGCAGACUGCGACCCGCUGACUAUGGGUGGUGUGGUUAAAAGCAACCUACGCAUUGUGGUUGUUUACGUCCUACAGGACCUCACGUCCAUUCCCGGCCUCGCAGGACUUUUUGUUGCGUCUAUUUACGCAGCUGUCUUAAGUUCGGUGUCGACACAGGUUAACUCAAUGACAGCUUUGCUCUGGGAAGAUUUCCUUAAAAACUUGAAAGUUUUUGAGACUUGGAGUGAAGUGACCAUAACUUACCUGCAAAAACUCUUAGUCUUUCUGACCGGGGUCAUCGGGAUCGUGAUGAGCCUAAUAGCCACUAACAGCCCAGCCUUCAUCUCGAGGCUGUUCCGUCUGACUGGGGCUAUUUCUGGGCCCAUGGUGGGGCUGUUCCUGACCGGCCUUUAUUUGCCUUGGGUCAAGGGCAAGAGCGCAGGGUUCGGGUUCCUACUGUCGAUCGUGUUCAGCCUCUGGAUCGUGACGGGUCAACUUCUGACCCGCACAGACCCUCCAUACUUACCCAUGUCCCACACCAACUGCACCACCACAACCACAACCAACACCACCACAACCACCACUACGGCUUCUGUCAUCAACACGAGCCUCACCACAGCAAUGCCUGACAUCACAUCGGUAUCCUCGGAUGGUGAAAUUGAUGAUAAUCACAAUCCCCAAGAAGGCAUGGCAGCGCUCUACGGCCUCUCCUACUGCCUCAACUACUGCUGGGGCUCCAUCGCCUGCUUGGUGCUGGCCGCUCUCGCCUCCCUACUUGCAGGCUGGAACACACCGGACACAAUAGAUGAAAGACUCAUAGCCCCAACGGCGUGGAAAAUCUUUAAAAAACUACCGCCGCCGUCAUAUGAACCUCCGCUGCAAAAACUAGCGCGGCUCAUCUCCCCACACGCGGAUUCCUACGCCACGAAUUCUAGCGCCGACCGCUCGCCUAAAGAACAAGAUGGCCGCCAGUCCCGUCUUGAUGGCCACCUUCUUCAAGAUGGUCAUGAUGGAACAUUUCAUGCUAAAUCAGAAGAGAUAGUACCUAUGAUGAAAAUCACAUAGUUGUGCAAAUUAUUCCUACAUUAUUAACUCAUUCAUAAACCGUAAAAAUAAGUUGUAUUUGUAGAAAUUCGUGAAAUAUUUUCAUUGAAGUUGCCUUUAGUUCAAGAUUUUAUGUUAGUUCCUUGGAACUGUUCGUUCAGUGCAGAUAAAAUAAUUUUGGCUUCCUUGAGCCUUUACCAAUAACAUUAUUUUAGACAAGGAAUGUAAAAAAUAUACGCAAAAAACGGUGAACCUCAACUUAAAUUCAUUAAUGGCUGUCAUGAAUCUCAGCUAGCUUAAAGCUCGUUAGUAUUGGGGAGUUAAAAAGGCUGCCUUAAUGAAAUAUAUUAAUUUCAACUAUCAACUUAUGCAAUGUUGUUGCAUAAUAAAAGCAUUUUUGUUGCAUAAUCAAACCAUUAUUGUUGAACAGUGGACUCCCAUCUCUCCAAAAUCAAUGCAUAAUUCAUAUCCUUGAAUGCAAAGAUAAAUUAAACCUAUUUCAUAAUCCAUCGAUACAACAUCCAAUGCAUUACAGUUCCAUAAUAAGCUUAACACAAUUUACGAUAAAAUGUAAUCACUUUUCUAACUGUACCACUCCAUUUUUACAGUCCUUAAUUCAUUCUAUUUCUUAAUGAAUAAUAAAGUUUAAAUUACCGAUCACAGAAACUGUAGCUAGUCAUCUCUUUCUGCACGAAUAUUAUAAAAAUUCAAUCAUUAAAUCGUCUAGAAUAAGGUCGUUUAUUUCACUAAUUUCAUUCAAAUAAAAAAUGCACUAGAAAUAAAUAUAUAAUCAUCAAUCAUUUUUAAGUAUUAAUUAUAAGCUUGUAUACAUUCUCUCUUAAGGUGCUACUGCGGAUGCUGCAUACACUCAGUUAAAUAACUGGAUUAUAUUGUCUAAAUAGUGACACACAAUAUAGUGCAUCACUAUUUAAGCAAAGUCCCACUCAUUUCCCUGUGUGAUGGAGUUAUGCCUGGUGCUGAUGCAACGAGUAUUAUAAACAUAUAAAUAUUUUAGUUAAAUACCUCUUAUGGUGUUUAAACUUGUAUUUUUUAAUUUCGUAUACUGUGUUUAGUAUUAGUGCUAUUAAGUGUUCUCUUAUGUACUUAAUUGAUGUACAACUAACAAGCCUAGUGCAAUUUAUUACAAUUAACUGACAAAAUGGAUAAAAAUAUUUUAUA